AUGGUCAAGAAUGAAGAUGCCCAGUAUCUUCUCAAGCUGGAAUGCAACUCUGGCCGGUUCUUGGAAAGCGCUGAAUUAAUUCGCCGCCUUCAUACGAAGCCAAACAUUCUCACUGGCAUCGAUGAUGAUGGAAACAAGAUCAUGUUCUGUCUCUUGACCUGUAGUGAGAAGGCGGAACUUCUAAGCGCUCUUCCAAAAGCACGCCAGCCAACAUUAAUUCGCAUAUCCAUUGCACAAAAGAAUCUGUCCGCGACCAGUCUCUAUCCAACACUCGGAGUUGACACUACCUUGCCACAGUUCCGACCCAACAGUGUUUUGGAUUGGACUUCUCUAUCUUCAUCCCCCGCCCCCUCAGUCACUAGACCAGCUCCAAACGAAUAUCCGGUGUGGUACUUCUUUUAUGGCACCCUUACUAAUGCCAGCAUCCUCUCCCGCGUCAUUGGCCUUAACGAAGAAGAUACCCUUGAAUUCAGACAAGCCUGCGUUUGUCGAGGCCGACUCACUACAUGGGGUGAAAAAUACUUGGGCUUGGUAGACGCGAGCGAAGGCUCAAGAGUCUGCGGAUGGGCAUACCAGGUGAAGAGCCAGAGCGAAGAAGACUCGCUACGGGUUUACGAAACGAGCAAGUACGAAGUGGUCAGAUGCACCAUGGAAUUGAUGGACGGAGAUGGGGGCGUUAUACAAGGACUCACUUUCAGACUGACCUAG